CCGAUGAGGAACACCAGCAAAAUGUGGCGGCAGCAGCCGGGGCCAGGCCUCGGCCCCAUGUUGAAGAGCGGGGAGAAGGGAUGCCGAGGCGCCGGAGGAACAUGGGAAACCGGAUGAUGGCCCAGAGGAGAGCGCAGCAGGCAGAAGACUGGGUGGAAGAGGAAGAUGAUGCUGAGGAGGUGCCAGAAUUUCAGGUGUCUGGGAAAAUUGGAGCAAAGAAGCAGAGGAAAUUAGAAGAGAAACAAGCCAGAAAAGCACAGAGAGAGGCUGAAGAAGCAGAGCGAGAAGAACGGAAAAAACUUGAGUCAAAAAGAGAGGAGGAAAGGCGGAAAGAAGAGGAGAGAAUACGUCUGGAGGAAGAACGACAGGAAGAGGAAAAAAGGAAGGCAAAGGAAGAAGAGGAGAAGAGGGAGUAUGAAGAGUACCUGAAGCUGAAGGAGAGUUUUGUAGUUGAAGAGGAAGGGGUUGAAGAAUCAAUGACGGAGGAAGAGUCUCACAGCUUUCUAAUGGAAUUUCUUGAAUAUGUUAAGAAAACAAAGGUAAUCCAGCUGGAGGACUUGGCUUCCCAUUUGGGUUUAAGAACACAGGAUGCAAUUAACAGAAUCCAGGACCUGAUGGCAGAUGGCACUCUAACAGGUGUGAUUGAUGACAGAGGAAAGUUCAUCUACAUCACUCCAGAGGAGAUGGCUGCCGUGGCUCAGUAUAUCAAACAGAGAGGACGAGUCUCCAUCGCAGAGCUGGCCCAAGCAAGCAAUUCCCUGAUCAACCUCCAGCCUGACAGCCGAGCUGUUGCUCCAACUGUGGCAUGAAAUUGUGGUGUGAGAGAAAAACGGCGAGAGUUUGCCCGUUUAAUGAAUAAGCCACAUAAUUGAAAACAAACGAGAACCCCUCUAGUCUAUUCACGGUGCUUGAAGAUAGGAUGCUCAUUUUAAGCGUCAGCUG